ACAAGAAAAUUUUUUCUGUGACUAGACUGCCAUUGGUAAACUACAGAAAACUGUUCAUUUCUCUUAAAGGUUACAUUUGAUAAUCACCUCGUGUUGCUAUAUUCUAGUUUUCAGUUUAUUCUACACAAUUGUAUCAAAAUGCAAAACGACGCUGGAGAAAAAGUUGACUUGUACUGCCCAAGGAAAUGCUCGGCAAGCAACAGCAUUAUUUCCGCUAAGGAUCAUGCCUCCAUCCAAUUGAGCAUUGCUGAUGUCGAUCCAGAGACAGGAAGGAUGACCGACACCAGUAAGAAUUAUGCUCUGUGUGGAAAAGUCAGACGUAUGGGUGAAUCUGAUGAUUGCAUUGUCCGAUUGUCGAAAAAAGACGGUAUUUUGGCGAAGAACUUCUAGGGAUUAGCUGUUCUAAGUAAUGUUAAGGAAAUAAAAAUGAUAUUUAAAAAUU